CAUAUGACAUGAUAGAACCACAGCCAAAAUUAUACUGAUGGAAAACCCCUGAAGAGGUCUAAAAGAGAUAUGGAAUUAUGAUUUCUGUAUGUACAACAUUACACAUGUUUAUUGAUUGUGAUGGAUAAGUAUUGAGGCUUUAAAUUAGUUUGGUGGGGACCCUAAUACAUCAAUGAUCCGCCAACACUAAUCCCUGUAGAAGCGAGGAUCUCCACAGGGGUAGAGGUCAUUGUAGAUUUCUAGCCUAUUUUAUCUCCUGAUGAACCAAGAGGGAAAACAGGUCAACAGGAGGGCAGGAGAGGUCCAUAGCUGGGCCUUGGAGAGCCAGCAUAAGGAUGCGGAGGAGCAUCCUGGAAGUGGCCGUGUCGACGAACAGCGAAAACUGUGAGGUCACUGGGCUUAUGGAGUGGUAUGGACUGGAGGAGCAAACCUGUUAUUAUAGUCCAGUUGGGAUCACUGCAGAUGUAGGCCAGAGAGGGAAGUGUCAGUCGUUAUUCUCCAUUAUUGUUGUUUUAUUAUCACUCAUUGUUCCCACUUUGUCUGCAUUCAGGUCAGCCCAGAGACGAGUCGCACAGAAUAGAAGAAAUGUUUCUGAUAGGUAGCUUCAGACAUGCGGUACGUUUGAGGACAUAGGAAAAAAGGGGAAUUUCUUGUUAUGUUCACUCGUUUUGAUCAUGUAACGUGACGAGUUGCAAUUCACAAGCUACCAGUACAUUACAGGACAUAUUUCUGAUUAUGUUACGGAGUAAAUGCAAAACAAAAUCAGUAUAAUAACACUACUAUUAUAAAGCUAGGGGUUUCUAAUGUCCCAUGGACUUGAACUCAAUCCUUCUCCUACGGCCUUCGUUACUUUGAGUGGGGGAGGAGUUCAUGCCCGCUACAGAGCAUGCGCAGACUAACAAGGGUUUAGAAGAUGGCGGCUUGUAAACAUUGCUGCUAGCGGGUAAAGCUAACGAUGCCUAACACAAAGUCCAUGGGCCCCACCAUACUCCGGGUAGACCCAAUAACACUGGCAAUACGGAUUGUGAAUAGAUGCAUCUUCCCUAAGUUAUUUGCAUGGAACUAAUCUUAUAAUCAGCCUGAGGAGCGAAUUAAGGCGACGAGUGAGCAGACCGGGCCAGUACACACGGCUGCAGGAAGCAAGCACAGUCCCACCACCGCCCCUGCCCCCCACAGGAACCACGCAAAGGUAAUAAACGAGAUAACAUGGGAACACCAAGGGACCCGGUCGUAUUUCUAAAAGCUACCACUUUGAACCUGAACUGUUAGCUGAAUCGGAUCUCUGAUACCAAGCUGCGCUACCGCUUAGCCAUGAUGCUAUAUGUGUUCCGUCAUGCUACGGAAGCUAAAACCUGAGCCGCAACCUCCCCCUGGUGCUAUCUGAGUUUCCUUAAGCUUGUUCUUGCAAUCUGGGAGCACAUUCCGUGGAUUAUAGACCUGGGCCUUUAAUGCUGAGGGUAAAUCAAAAUCAAACUGAUUAUUAAAAGUGAAUUGAGUUGAUUAAACUGGAUUUAGAAGUGGGCGUUAGCGCUGUUCUUAUUCUAAUGGGAUUAUCCCUCAGUUCUAGCUCAAUGAUCUGCCGGUUAAUACCUCAUCAAGUUACUUUUAGGCUAAACACACAUGUGUUCUAUCAACUAGUGGAGAUAAUGAGUUCUCUGAUAACCGAAAGCCAUCAGAGAGAUCUGACGAGGACAGGUGUGAGGUUACUGUCUUCGAGGCCAGGAUGACUUCAGCAGGUUAAGGGAAAGAAUAGAGCAUACUUGGCUCUGGGAGCUGCGCCACAUAAAUACUUUAACAUUAAACAGUAGAUGUUGAGAGCAAAGCUGUUGGUGUAAGACCCUGAUUGGAUUUAGCCAUUGGUAUGGUAGCACAGUGUGAGACGUUGUAUUCAGGGCAACGCUAGGGGAUAUGCAAAUCAGAAAUUAUUCAUUUAUUUAUUAUUUUACUGUUUAUUAUCGACUCAGCAUCAGCAUGACAGCGAGAUGCAGGGUCAAAGUUGAUUUCCUGCCUCAUAACAUUGGAGGACUGAAUGAUUCGCCUUUGAACCCCUGUCAUUACAGAAGCCGAAAGUCAGUCCCACUCCAGCCACUGAGUCGUGAGGGGGAAACGUGAGAAUCUCCAGGAGAGGAGGGAUGAAUACGGAGAGACAUUAUGGGCCCCUCCUAAGAAGAGCGGAGACGGCAGCUAUCCACAGAAUGUCCAGCCCUGACCUCACCGACAGCCACCAAACCAUCACCAAGGAGCUCGACGACUUGUCCAGAACGAUCCCGGGUCAAGGACCAGACAAGCCAGUAGCCGAAAGACAGUCCCACUCCGGCCACUGCAUCACGACAGGGGACACCCGAAAACCUCCAGGAGAGGAGGGACGAAAUACAGGGAAACGGCACGGCGAGACACGGAGCAGAAACAUAUCCGAUGUCAAAUUCACAGCUAGAGGGCCCCCCGAAGAAAGGCAGAAACAGCAUCUCCACCCAGAACACCCUGCCCCGACCUCACCGAUAGGGACGAAACCAUCACCGUGAAGCCUCACAACCCAUCCAGCUUGAACCUGAGACAAGGACCAGACAAGCCAGUGUGAGGAAACUGUGCUGACAGCCAGCAGGAGUCAUGGUGCCGGGACCGCGCGAUGACGUGACCCUUCCCUCUCCCCAGAGCCAUAGAGCACCCCGUGACCAGGGAUCCCAAUAUGCAA